CGUCCAGGCGAGGCGGGGGGUCGUGCGGUGCAGAUCCUUUCCUGGAAGCCCAGGUGGACUCAAGCAGCCCUAUCGCUGCCAAAAUGACCUCCCUGGGCACGAGUAGCCAGUCGGUUACAGAGUAUGUGGUGCGAGUACCCAAAAACACACCCAAGAAGUACAACAUCAUGGCCUUCAACGCCGCCGACAAAGUCAACUUCACCACCUGGCACCAGGCGAAAAUGGAGCGAGAUCUCAGCAACAAGAAGAUCUACCAGGAAGAGGAGAUGCCAGAGUCAGGGGCCGGCAGUGAGUUCAACCGCAAGCUGCGGGAGGAGGCGCGCCGCAAGAAGUACGGCAUCAUCCUGCGGGAGUUCAAGCCUGAGGACCAGCCCUGGAUCCUCAAGGUCAACGGCAAAGCUGGGCGCAAGUUCAAAGGGGUGAAGAAGGGUGGCGUGACCGAGAACGCCUCCUACUACAUCUUCACGCAGUGCCCUGACGGCGCCUUCGAAGCCUUCCCGGUCAGCAACUGGUACAACUUUACCCCCGUGGCCAAGCACCGCACCUUGACAGCCGAGGAGGCGGAGGAGGAGUGGGAGCGGCGGAACAAGGUGCUGAACCACUUCACCAUCAUGCAGCAGCGGCGGCGGAAGGAUCAGGAUGAGGAGGAGGAGGAGGAGAAGAAGACAAAGAAGAGGAGCAGCGAGCUGAAGAUCCACGACCUGGAGGACGACCUGGAGAUGAGCUCAGAUGAGAGCGAGCUGAGUGACGCCGAUGGGGAGAAGGUGGCCAAGCCCCAGAAGAAAACCCCGCUGACCAGGAAGAAGAAGAAGAAGAAAAAGGGCUCGGACGACGAGGCCUUUGAGGACAGCGAUGACGGAGACUUCGAGGGGCAGGAGGUGGAUUACAUGUCGGAUGGGUCCAGCAGUUCGCAGGAGGAGGCAGCAGUGGGGAAGCCCAAGGUGACAAAGGAAGAGGAUGGUCCCAAAGGGAUCGAUGAGGCGAGUGAGAGCAGCGAGGAGAGCGAGGAGGAGGAGAAGCCUGCUGAGGAGAAGGAGGAGGAGGAAGAGGAGAAGAAGGCCCCCACCCCUCAGGAGAAGAAGAAGAAAAAGGACAGCAGUGAUGAGUCGGAAACCUCAGAGGAGAGCGACAUCGACAGCGAAGCAUCCUCGGCACUCUUCAUGGCGGCGCAGGGAGGCGGCACCCGUAGGGACCCACAUCUCGGAGAACCCCGGUUAUUGCACAGGAGGAGGAAAACUCCACCCAAGAAGGAGCGGAAAGGGUCGGCAAGCAGCUCCCGGGGAAACAGCCGCCCAGGGACUCCCACUGUGGACGCAGGCAGCACAUCCUCCACGCUGCGAGCUGCAGCCAGCAAGCUGGAGCAAGGGAAGCGGCAGUCAGGAUCCGGUGACCUCCCGAUGGCCAAGAGGCUGAAAUCAGACUCGGGACCUCAGACGACCUCGGGCAAGUCCACUCCCCAGCCACAGUCGGGCAAGUCCACCCCCAGCAGCGGUGACGUGCAGCUGACGGAAGAGGCCGUGCGCCGCUACCUGACCCGCAAGCCCAUGACCACCAAGGACCUGCUGAAGAAGUUCCAGACCAAGAAGACGGGGCUGAGCAGCGAGCAGACGGUGAACGUGCUGGCCCAGAUCCUCAAGCGCCUCAACCCCGAGCGCAAGAUGAUCAAUGACAAGAUGCACUUCUUCCUGAAGGAGUGAGAGGUGGGGCCUGGGUAGGCCACGCCCCCAUCCCCUCCCCCACUCAGGCCCAAAGGGCAAAGGUCAUCCUCCUUCCUGGGUUCAAAACCUUCCUGCUGUAAGGGCCUGGGCCCCCAUGUCAGCUGUAGGGAGACCUGGCCCAUGGGGUCCUGCUCCCCAAGGGACCUCAACCCAUAUCCCUCCACAGCCCAGCUGUGGCUGCUUCGUGGUAUGUCCCUGUUACUCCCCUGAGAGAUCUCGCUCGGGGCAGUCCCUGGGGCCCCUCCCUCCCUCGGGUGCUCCCUGAGCCCUGCCCCCCCAGGGAGCCUGCGCAGUGCCCUCAAGAAGGUUGUUUCUGUCUCUCCCGAGGUGGGACCAGCGGCUGUCCUGCCCUCUUGUUACAAUAAACGGGUGGCUCUUCGUGGCUCUGA